ACCCAUCUACGCCGUCUGACGUGUGCGUUGCUCCAGGCGUAAUAAAUACCCUGCUUUUGCCGCCGUUUCAAGUUUUUGAUAAAACUUUUCUCUCCAUCUUCAUUUUUUUACUUUUGCAUUCGAUUUUCUAGCUCUCUCUCUCUCUAAAUUUUCUCAAACCCGCCAUUACUCUAGCUCCAAGCUCUGCAACUGUCUUCAUUCUUCCAUUCCAGCGAAGCUUUCGUCGUUCCGUCUUGUCUGCAACUGUUGCCUUACCUCGGCGACUUUCAUUCCGGCUUCAUUUGUUCUGGUAAGCCUCUAUUCCUCUUAUUUCCAAUUUCUUUUAUGUGCUUUCGUUUACUUACUGCCAUUAUUGCGCUGUUCAAACCUUUGAUUUGCUGAACUAUUCAUCUGGAUGCAUCUAUUCCAUGAUUUCACUCAUAUCUUGAACAUUUGCACUGUUUUAACACUUUUCUUGCCACUGUUCUUGACCUCUUACUUCUGUAUUUCUUUCGCUUUUGAGAAUCAUACCUCUGUUCUUCGUCUCUGAAACGUCAUUCUUUGUUUCUUGUUUUCUGUUUUUCCUUUCCAGAUAUGUGCCUUUGAUCUUCAUCUUCAUAGUUCUUAGGCUUGGGAUUUGUUUGUAGAACCUUUAAUUUAAGGAAAACUGAAACAAGCCGUACCAAUACUCUCCUAGGUUUUUGCCGAGGUUCCAAUAACCCUUUAAGAACACCUUCUUUCUGAAACCUAGCUUUCUGUCUUUAGGCCGACGUUAUGGGUAUGUGGAGACAUAGGGUUGAUACCCCGUCCAAACUUGAGUACUUUAGGCAGGAGUUCUCCGUCCCUGCCGAUGUUCACCUGAAACUGGCUGGGGAUGAUGACUCCAUCAUGCCUACCGAAAACACCAUGCCUCUCCCUAUUAUAGCCUUUACUGAACGUGGACUUCGGCUUCCACUUAACAUUCUUUUUCGCGAGAUUUUGCAUUAUUAUAAGCUGAACCCUAUGCAACUUGCUAUAAACUCCUAUCGAGUGAUUUUUGGUAUCAUCGCCUUAGCCAGACAAGAAAACUUUAGAAUCACCCUAGCCGACAUACAAUAUUGUUACACCAUGUGCCCCCUUAGCCUAAAGGAAAAAGGUUACGUCUACUACCUCAAGCCGAGGUCUAUUGAAUUCAAAAUUGUAGCCGACCUCCCAGACUUCAACAAGGGAGCUGGAGAUGACUACUUCAUUGUCUCUGAAAAUUAGGAAUUUGCCCCAGACGAAGAUGUCCAUCGAACGGUUAAAGAGGGCAAGGGUAAGAGCCCAGUGUUUAGUUGUUUCUUUUCAAGUUUUCAAUAUUUUAUCUGUUUCUAAUGUCCGUUUCUUCUUGCAGACGUUCGCAAGCUAGCGAAAGACUUUCGCCAAUCCUACGUUCCUAGCAAGGACCUGAAGAGGCUCCUGGACUUUCCUGUCCACAAAAGAAAAGCACCUCUGCUUCUAAACUUUAUUCCUACGUACAAAUCCACUCUGCCCGACGUUCCCAAACGAAAGAAGAAAAGCCUUUCUCCUCCGACUGCCACAACUCAAACUGCUUCUACAUCUCGAACAGAUCAAGAGUCAAUAUCUGACCCAAUCAAUCAACCAUCUACCUCGGCCCCAUACUUAAUCCCAAUACCAGAAAGAAAACGUCGGCGACGACUUGUAAAAACUGUUGAGAUGGGUCGCCCGAAGCCUGUUGCCCAAGAUCUCCUAGCUGACCUUCCGGCCGACAUUGAUGCUAUUCCAACCCAAUCCAUGCCCCCACCAAAGCCAAAAAGAAUCAAAAAAGCUCAGCCCAAGGCCAAAGCUACUGAGGUUGAGGCUGAGGAUGCUCUGCCCAUCUCUAAACUGGCUGAGAGUAAGAAGACUUCUUCUGCUUCUGCAAAAAGGUCUGCUGAAAACCCACCCUCUGAGUCCACACAGACAAAAAAACCAAGGUCGGCCUCAGCUACUACCUCGGGGUCCAAGAAACCGGAUGUCCCUUGGGCUCCCAAAAUUACUUUGGAAGAUAGGCCAAUUAUGUCCAAUGAAAGUGCCGACGACAUAAAUGUCGGCGUUGCCCUCAGUACGGCAUUGCUUCUUCCGGGUGACCUCGAGCGAAAUGCUGAGUACAGUGAGUACGAGAAUUACGCUCUAAUGCUCCAGCACUCCGUUCAAGCCAUUCAGCAUGCCCAUUCGUUUUCAAUGCAAGCUUUUGAAAACAGGACAAAGUUGGUUGAUCUGAAGAGAGAGGUUUCUGCCCUUACAAAGGAAAACAAAUCUCUUCAAUUAAAGAUGAAAAAACUGGAAGACCAGGCUGAGGCUGCCACCAAAGCCCAAACCCUUGCCGAGGAAAAGGCUGAAUCUGCCGAGGCUAUUAGAAAGGUUGCUGAGGCCGAGAAGAGAGAAGCCGAGGAAAAAAAGGCCCAGGCGGAAAAGGAACUUCAAGAUGCUUUAUCUACCAAAGAUGCUGAAAUCAAGGCGGCCGACGAAAAGGCCUACGCCCAGGGUAUGGCCGACGUUACUGAGGAGUAUAAACUUCAAGUCAGGCAGGCAUGCAACAGGGGUCCCUGA